AUGUCUAGGCCAUUAUUCCCUGGUAGACCAAGGCGAACUCGUGGAACGCUGGUAAAUAGCAACAUGUGGUAUGAGAGGGCUUCAGAUAUCGAGACAGAUAAUAUCAAAAAAGCAAAGAAUCAGCUGGAAAAUUUUUACAAAAUUUCUUCCGAUUUUGAUGAUGCAUUAUUCGUUGGAUUCCAAAAGGAUGAAGUUGAAGAAUGCAGAAACAGACUGAAUUUAAAAAGCUUUGACAACGUUAUAAGCGUAAACCAGGAAAAAGUAUCGUUUGGGCCGGUAUCGAGUACGCCUAAAGUUAAAAAAGUUGCCAGGAAACUUCAAUCUCCACAAUUUACUGACGAUGACCCUCAAGACAACGAGACAGACGAUAACGACAGCGACGACAAACCUGCCGAACAGCAUACAAAAAAUGAUAAGAAAAACUGCGACGAUAAGAAAAAGGUAAAGAAAUCUACGAGGAAGUUGGAAAAACCGUCAAAUGAUGGUGGUGGUGAAACGUGUAAGCAAUCGAACCAGGGAACCACUGAUACAAACAUACCAACAACGUCUAAGAAAAAAGAUGAAAAAAAACGUGAUGGUGGAAAGAGGAAAAAGAAGGAAUCAGCUGGAAAAGUAGGCAAACCACCAAGGGAUGUUAACCAAGUAAAUAAUGAACUAUAUCAACGAGUGGUAAAUAAUCUAGAUAAUAUGAUGCUGCAGAAUUUGGACAAUCUCAAAGACAUCUCCGAAGAACAACUCAGAGAUCCUCGACUUCUGGAAAUUAUUUUACAGAAUUUAAAAAAAUGA